CUGAUCAGUGCCAAUUGAACACUUAUAAUUCAUACCACAUUCAUUCCCAAGCCGGGGUCUGCCGUUUUAUUCAGGCCUUCCUUCCAUUCUGAUCGAUCCACAUUCUUGCCAUGUCCUCUGUUAUCGGUCGAUCUAAUCUGAAACUCUAAAAAUCAACCGUUCCGCCCAGCCUCGAUCCCACCCGAUGGGUGGUAUCAUGACGCGGGCCAGGAAGCGAGCCGGGAAUAAUCGAAUUCAGGAUGACGCCAAGGCUGCCAAACUUCCCCAGCUCUUGGCGACCGAUCCUUCGCCAGAUUCGAGUCCCAUUGAGUCCAAAAGUUCGUCCUUGAACCGUUCUUCCAGUUUGAUUUGCUCCGUAUGUCUGGACCCGCCCGUUCAUCCGGUGGAUUUGCCUUGCCGCCACACCUUUUGUUACUUGUGUGCCAAGGGUUUGUAUGAGAGUGACACGCCCAUUUGUUCCCUGUGUCGAGCACCCAUUCCUCGAGGGUAUCUCAAGCAAGCGGAUCAGAUUCGGCGAUCACGGUCAGAUUUUGAGGGCUGCGUGUCCGGGGUCAACAGCUGGCAAUGGUUUUACGAAGGUCGAAAUGGGUGGUGGAAGUUCGAGCAACGUCACAACCAAGAGAUUGAGGCGAGUUUCGGGAACCAAGACGAACAAUUGGAGGCUUUGAUAUGCGGCCAUCUGUAUAUCGUUGACUUCAAAAAUAUGGUUCAAUAUCGAAAAGAUCACAUGGGGCGUCGCCGCAAGAUCAAGCGAGAUGUGGUAUUAGCCCGGUGUAAAGGCGUGGCCGGGUUGGUCGUGAGAGAUUCAUAGUCUAGCCGAGUCCGAUCGAUCCAAUCGGGGAAAUAAAAGGCCCUUAAGAUUGAGAUGUCAGUGUUAUGCUACCGAAGAUUUUGUCCAGUUUAGUUUUGCUUCAUCAGAUUUUGAUAUUGCGCAUUAUGCGAUGACUUGGCCCACAACACCCAAAGAGAAACCGAGAACCGUAUUUGUUUGGAAAAGUGGGGACACAAAAGCUUUAUUUCAAUGCGUUAAUAAAAGUUAGCAACGAAAAACACA